AUGCUUCCAGCCCACAUCCCGAGUUUCGAAGGCUGCGUCAUGCUACUCUCUCUCUCUCUCUCUCUCUCUCUCACACACCCAUUGCACCUUCACAUGUCUAGGAAGAUGAUACUGGGCCUUGCAGAACCACUACCGAGCUUGGUGGAAGCCAAAUUCAAAGCAGCAAAAGCAUCAUCAAGCUUGCUGUUCUCACCAACCGAACUCGAAAUCAUCCGCACAUCUACUGGCAUACCGUUCCAGCUGCGCUUCUGCCCAUCGCUCGCUAAGAAACCCCUACCCAAGCUCGAAGCGCCCUCAUCCACACCCAAGAAACACAUCGACCCUUUCGACAACCCCACCCCGGAGCUGCACAUCGUCGACAUCCCCACGACACAGCCCUCGCACCUCCUCGUGCUGAACAAAUACCCCAUCAUCGCGCAGCACUUCAUCCUCGCUACCAAGACAAACAAGCCGCAGACGCACGUCCUGGAGCAGGAUGAUCUGGAGGCGACAUACGCCUGCUUGAAAGCGUGGCAGGAGGGUGCGACAGAUGGCAGCAGAAGCAAGCCGAGGCGUUUGUUUGCGUUUUUCAACUCGGGAGAUCACAGUGGAGCGAGUCAGCCGCACCGGCAUCUGCAGUUCCUGCCCGUAGAGCACAUGCGGGACAGCGAGGCGGCAAACGGGUGGGAUUUGCUCAUCGAUCUGAUUUUGUCGGAUGCAGAGGGUGCAGCUAAAGAAGGCUCGACUCCGGGUUUGCUGCAGAACACAAGCAUUCCGUUCGCGCACUUCGCCUACAAGUUUGACGCCGAGCCCAAUGGACAGCAGCUCCUCGAUAUCUACAAAGAGCUGUAUGGCCUAGCAAGAGACACUGUCGAACGCUUCCUAUCCAAACAUCCAGCCGAGUUUGCUCUGCACUCCACCGAAGGAGGCGACUCGCCCAUAAGCUACAACCUGGCUAUGACCACAGAAGGCAUGGUGCUUCUGCCUAGACGAUCGGAAGGUACGAUGCUCAAGCGUCCUGACGGCAGCGAAAUUGGCUUUGCUGCUCUAAACGGUACUACGCUGGGAGGCACGAUGAUGGUCAAGCAUCAAGACGAAUGGGAUGUAUUGCGAUCGCAAAAAGGCAAGCUUGACGCUAUACUGGACGCCAUUGGUAUACCCCGCGAUACAGAAGCGUACAAAUCCCGCGUCUAG